UGAGUUCCGGCACCGGCUGGAAGCUAGCUGAUUUGAAGGUGGCGUGGAGAGAGCGCGAAAGCAUGGCCGGGAAUGGGAGGAAAACUUGGAACUGAAGAGGAGAAUCUCAGUUUGGGCUUCAUCCCACCUCGCCCACUGAUUAUGUCAGGCAUGAGCAAAACCGUCGGCUCGUGCUUAGAUCUUUCCUUCCGGUCGGCCUAUUUAAUCGCGGCAUCUCCGGCGAGAAGGGGCAUUGAUCGUCGCCACACGAGAUGGAAGCGGACGAGCUGCUGAAGAAGAUACGGGUGCUGGAGGAGGGGCAGGCCGAGCUCAAGCGGGAGAUAGGCAAGCUCAUGCUCAUGCCGGACCGCCGCGACGCGCAGCCCGUGGCCGUGGGGACAGCUUUCCGCGCGCUGCGGCCGCAGCCCUCGUCGUCGCGGCACGUCGUCGCCCACGGCAGGUUCUCCGACAGGCCCUGCCACUGGAUAUUGCAGUCGCUGGGGCAGGCCGUGCACAUCCUUGCCCCCGACGGGAAGGUCCUGUACUGGAACCGGUAUGCUGAGCAUAUAUAUGGCUAUUCUGCAUCAGAAGCAGUUGGUCGGAAUGCCGUUGAAUUAAUUGUUCAUCCUAGUGACUUUGAUGCAGCAAACGACCUCAUCCAGACUAUAUGUAAAGGGAAGUGUUGGAGAGGGAAGUUUCCUCUUAAGAAAAAGUCAGGAGAGAGGUUUUUUAUGUUUAUCCAUAACACCCCUUUAUACGAUGACGAUGGUAGCUUGGUGGGCCUCAUUGGUCUCUCGCACGAGAUAUUUAGUCCCUCAGGCUCAGUGGUAUCCUAUCAAAUUCCGAGUACAGCAAAGCCCAAGUUCCAUGCUAACAACCGGCCUAAAAGGGGUUCAGUAAACAAAGGUUCUCUUCACUCCCAGCAACCUCUUCAAUCCGCUACUACCUCCAAGAUAGUAACUUUGGUUUCUAGUGUUACAAGUAGAGUUCGUUCUCGGAUAAGGACAGGCCAGAAUAGCGAUAAACAGUAUGGUAGUGCAUCGUGCAAGGUUGAGCUGGCAUCAAGUGAAGAAAACACCCCUAGUGGAGAUGUAGUGCAUCGUGUCUUCGUGACUGAAGAGAAAUCCACUGGCAAGUCAUGCAAAACAAGUAGUGAUGAUUCAGGAGAGGGAAAAGUAGGGUUUCACGAGAUCUUUAAUUCAAAGGCUCAGGUGUUAUUGGCCAAGAAGGGCAUAUCAUGGCCUUGGAAACGACAUGAAGUUGACGGGGAUUCUGGAAAGAAUGACAUGAACUCAACACAGUUGCAUGAUAAGCUAGAGAAUAAAGAGAGUCAUCAGAGAGUUUCAGUUCUAGAGCCUAUCAUAAUUCCAGACCGCCAAAACAGCGAUUACACUUGGGCUAGCAAAUAUGAGGUCUCAGGUUCCUGGUGGGAUUUCAAUAAGAACAGCGCGAGUAGCAUUAGCAGCACUACUGGGACUACGAAUAGCACCGAUAUUGACAGAGUAGAUUAUGAAGCAGACUGCUUAGAUUAUGAGAUUCCCUGGGAAGACCUAGUAAUUGGAGAACAAGUAGGUCAAGGUUGUUGCGGAACAGUGUAUCAUGCUCUGUGGCAUGGCUCGGAUGUGGCAGCUAAAGUAUUCUCCAAGCAGGAAUAUUCAGAAGAAAUGAUAAAUACCUUCAGACAAGAGGUAUCAUUGAUGAAGAAACUGCGACACCCCAAUGUAAUACUUUUCAUGGGUGCAGUUCUGUCGCAGCAACGUCUUUGUAUUGUUACUGAAUUUCUCCCACGUGGAAGUUUGUUUCGGUUGCUCCGAACUAACAUUGGCAAGCUCGAUCCAAGACGGAGAGUUAACAUGGCUAUCGACAUUGCAAGGGGCAUGAACUAUCUUCACAAUUCCACCCCCACUGUUGUGCACCGUGAUUUGAAAUCGCCAAACCUGCUGGUUGAUAAGAAUUGGACUGUAAAAGUUGCGGACUUUGGUCUUUCACGUCUGAAACUCGAAACUUUUCUGACAACAAAAACUGGAAAGGGAACACCGCAGUGGAUGGCUCCCGAGGUGCUGCGGAGUGAACCUUCAAAUGAAAAGUCUGAUGUAUUCAGCUAUGGAGUAGUCCUGUGGGAGCUUGUUACUCAGAAGAUUCCCUGGGAUACUCUCAAUACAGUGCAGGUUGUCGGAGCCGUGGGUUUCAUGGAUGACAGACUUGAAAUUCCGAGGGACACGGAUCCUCAGUUGGCAUCGAUGAUCCAGAGUUGUUGGGACAGUGACCCGCAAUGUCGGCCUUCGUUCCAAGAACUUCUUGAGAGGCUUCAGGAGCUGCAAAAGCAGUACACUAUUCAAGUGCAGACGGAGCCAAAAAAACGGGUGGGAAAGGUGCCGGAAAGAUGAGCACCAAAGAUAGCUAGCUUGUGUUCUAAUGGAAGAUGGAUUAUGCAGACCCCACCUUCGGCGUGAUUUAUCCGACCCGAGCCCGGAAGGGUUCGAGAAUGUUUUCUAUGUUAGAGCAUCUCCGACAACUUGUGUAUAUGUUUAUAUAGACAAUGGUCUAAAAUGAUUCCUUCAUAUACACAAACAGUUCUUUAACAGAUUGCCUAUAUACAGAUUAUCUAUAUUCUCUCUCCUGUAUUUUAAUACCAACUUAUAACUAUUAAUGGAUUUUUGUACGGAAUA